GGGGCUGGCGAGCGGGGCGGGGCCUCGCCGGCACCGUCAAGUAGCCAAGGGGACCGGCCGGCGCGGCUCGGAGCGGGUGGGCGGCCGGGAGGCCGGAGCCGCGCGGCCGCAGGACCUGGAGCUCCGGCUGCGUCUGCCCGCAGUGAUACCCACCAUGUGCCUGCCGCGCCGGGCCGCGCUGGGGCUCUUGCCGCUUUUACUGCUGCUGCCGCCCGCGCCGGAGGCCGCCAAGAAGCCGACGCCCUGCCAGCGGUGCCGGGGGCUGGUGGACAAGUUUAACCAGGGGUUGGUGGACACCGCAAAGAAGAACUUUGGCGGCGGGAACACGGCUUGGGAGGAAAAGACGCUGUCCAAGUAUAAGUCCAGUGAGAUUCGCCUGCUGGAGAUUCUGGAGGGGCUGUGCGAGAGCAGCGACUUCGAAUGCAACCAGAUGCUGGAGGCGCAGGAGGAACACCUGGAGGCCUGGUGGCUGCAGCUAAAGAACGAGUAUCCUGACUUAUUCGAGUGGUUUUGUGUGAAGACGCUGAAAGUGUGCUGCUCUCCAGGAACCUACGGUCCCGACUGUCUCGCGUGCCAGGGUGGGUCCCAGAGGCCCUGCAGCGGGAAUGGCCACUGCAGCGGAGACGGCAGCAGACAGGGUGACGGGUCCUGCCGGUGCCACGUGGGGUACCAGGGCCCACUGUGCACCGACUGCAUGGACGGCUACUUCAGCUCGCUCCGGAACGAGACCCACAGCGUCUGCACAGCCUGCGACGAGUCCUGCAAGACGUGCUCAGGCCCAACCAACAGAGACUGCGGCGAGUGCGAAGUGGGCUGGGUGCUGGAUGAGGGCGCCUGCGUGGAUGUGGACGAGUGUGCGGCCGAGACACCUCCCUGCAGCGCCGCACAGUUCUGUAAGAAUGCCAACGGCUCCUACACGUGCGAAGAGUGCGACUCCAGCUGUGUGGGCUGCACAGGGGAAGGCCCAGGAAACUGUAAAGAGUGUAUCCCCGGCUACGCGAGGGAGCAUGGACAGUGUGCAGAUGUAGAUGAGUGCUCACUAGCAGAAAAAGCCUGUGUGAGGAAAAACGAAAACUGCUACAAUACUCCAGGGAGCUACGUCUGCGUGUGUCCUGACGGCUUCGAAGAAACUGAAGAUGCCUGUGUGCCGCCGGCAGAGGCUGAAGCCACAGAAGAAGAAAGCCUGACACAGCUGCCCGGCCACGAAGACCUGUAAUGGGCUAGACUUGCCCUUUAAAUUAUUCAGAAGGACGUCCUGUGGAAAAUGUGGCCCCGAGGAUGUGUCCCCUGCAGUGGACAGCGGGAGGGAGAAGCUGCCUGCUCUUUAAUGGUCCAAGGAUGCCGUCCCCUGCAGCAGACAGCGGGAGGAAGAAGCUGCCUGGUCUCUAAUAGUUGAUUCUCAUUUGGCCCUUAAACAGCUGCAUUUCUUGGUUGUUCUUAAACAGACUUGUAUAUUUUGAUACAGUUCUUUGUAAUAAAAUUGACCAUUGAAGGUAA